AUGCCGACAGUAUCGAACCGGCAAACCGAGCCGGUAGAAUAUGGUGGUCAACCGGUCCACGUGGAUACCAUAUCGUAUCUGUCGAUCGACAGUUACACCGCGAUAGCUUUCGUUCGCAACGUUUACGCCAACCUAGCGAUUCUGAGCACCGUGUCGAUUAUCCAAAUGCUGAUUGUCUCGUUAUUCAAUGUUGAAGUUUCACAAAUGCUUCCGGUUCCGGCGUUCUUGUGGUUGAUCAUGGCCUUCGCUAUCCUGACCCUGCUUAACUGCACUCCAAGGCUGCGGUACAAAGCGCCAUACAAUUGGCUCUUGGCCAUCGUUAUAGUCGAGUGUGUGACGCUUUUUACCCUGCACUUUCAUUUCCUCGUGUAUUCCUAUGUGAUGAUUCUGUGCGGACUGUUUGCUGUUGUCUGCGUAAUCGUUUGCACCUACUGGGGCGCCAAGGGCCCCAAGAGGUAUAUGCCCAACGCCGCCACUGCCACCGUCAUAGUGGGAACAGCGUUGGUGUGCAUGUUCCUUUUCCUGGUGAUAGCUAUCUUGAUAAAGCGGGUCUUCAUUCUGGGAUUCAUCUUUGUGCUGUUCAUCCUGGUGGCCAUGGUAGCGACUGUGCAAUCGGAAUUCAUACACGCGCGCAUGAACUACUUCCCGAUGGGCGACGAGGUCGGCUGCGCCGUGACGAUCUUCCUCUGCGGUUGGGCCAUGCACUCCUGCAUUCUCUUCUCGAUUGUGGUCAUCAGACAGCAAAUAACUUCGAGUCCCCGGGGCGGAAUGGGACCUAUGGAUAGUGCUUGAAAAAUUCCGCGCGCGAAGACUUUUUUAUAGAAACAACUUUGUAAAGAGUAUCCCAAUCCAGCUACGAAAUAUACAACUAUGAAAAUCA